AUGACCGGAGAGAAGCAGCCACAGCUCCCUCAGAGACAGAUGAGUGCUGCCAAACCCAUGGAGGAUCAGUGCGUCCUGCCUCCGCCGCGGCUCACCUCAGAUAAAAGUCGCUUGGCUCUGAGAAGAAGGGAGAAGAAGGAGGAAAGUGAGCCAGCCAAAAGUGUGAAGGAAGUGAAGGAAAAGGGGGAGAAGCCCGCAGAGAACGGAGCGGCACCCCAAGAGAACGGAGAACCCACAGAGAACGGAGCACCCCCAGAGAACGGAGCGGCGGCAGAGAAUGGAGAGCCUCAAGUGGAACCCAUGGAGCUGCCUCCGUUUGAAAUCAUCACGGGGGACCGGAUAGAUCCCUUUAUGUUCAAGUUUCAGUUCAAAAAUGUGGAGUACUCGUCUGGGCGGAACAAGACGUUUCUGUGCUACCUGGUGGACCGGGGGAGUGUGGAGGGGCUGCUGAGGGGCUACCUGGAGGACGAGCACGCAGGCUCCCACGCAGAGGAGGCCUUCUUCACACAGUGUCUACCCGACUACAACCCCAACAUCAAGUACACCAUCACAUGGUACGUGUCGUCCAGCCCGUGCGCUACCUGUGCUGCUAAGAUUGCAGAGGUUCUGAAGGCCCGGAAGACUGUGAAGUUAAGUAUUUUUUCUGCUCGUCUUUUCGAGUGGGAGGAGCCGGAGAUCCAGGCCGGGCUGAAGACACUGCACGCUGCUGGAUGUAAGCUGCGAAUGAUGAAGCCCCUGGACUUCUCCUACACCUGGGACACGUUUGUGGAGAGCGAUGAGGAAGCCUUCAAUCUGUGGGAGGACUGCAAGGAUAACUAUGAGUUCUAUCACGACAAGCUGGCUGACAUUUUACAGUAG